CUGAAUUAAAGGGGCAAAGAGGAAAGAAAUGGCUGCAGAAAGGAAAUCUUAUUGGCGUAACUAACCUGAGAAGAAAAGAGGAAAGCUUUCCUUAUUUGUUGUUAAAUUAUUACUUGUGGAAGAAGAAGCCAUCAAAUGGGCGAAGAGAACUCCUCGAAUUCUUCUUCCAAUGUUUCAGCCAACAAUGGCAGCUGCGAGUCGCAAGUCACAUUGAAUGUGUAUGAUCUCACCCCCAUCAAUCACUACACCGUUUGGUUCGGAUUGGGCAUCUUUCAUUCUGGCAUUGAAGUUCAUGGAAGGGAAUAUGGUUUUGGGGCACAUGACUUCCCCUUUAGCGGAGUGUUUGAAGUAGAACCUAAGAGCUGUCCCGGUUUUAUAUUCAGAUGUUCAAUCCCAAUGGGUCGUAUCAAUAUGCCUUUGUCAGAAUUCAGAACUUUCAUAGAGAGUAUGGCUUCUGAGUAUCACGGAGACACGUAUCACCUCAUUUCCAAGAAUUGCAACCAUUUCACAGAUGAUAUAUCUCACAGGUUGACAGGGAAAAGGAUUCCUGGAUGGGUGAAUCGGCUCGCCAGCCUUGGUUCUUUGUGCAAUUGUCUUCUUCCUGAAAGCCUUCAAGUAACAACCGUUAAACAGCUCCCGGAGUACCACAUAUACGCAGACGAAGAUGGGAGCGGCUCUGUAUCUAGUGCAACACCCCAAGAACAAGAGAGCGAAGAUGGAGACCAAGACAAGCAGCUGUUGUCGCCUGCCCGUGGUGGCAGUGGUGUGGCUUUUGUAAGGGAGGUCCCACGGUGACAUUUGGGCAAAAAAUCUAAACUUGUCGAAAGAAAACAUUUUCUUUGUACAGUUUGAGUCUGCUUAGGCGUGUGUGUGUGUGUGUAUAUAUAUUUAUCCUCCGUAUGAGGAAACGAAUAGUAUUCCUUU